AUGCCGGCAGUUCCGCCCGUCUCACGGCAACAAGCCCUUUCCUCCAUCGUCGAGCAAUUCACCCUCUCCAAACCUCUUCUGGAAUCCCUCAUCGCCCGCUUCCAUGAACUCUACGAUUACGGUCUCUCCCACGAUGGAGCUGAAAUGCAAAUGAUUCCAUCCUUCGUCACCGGAGUCCCCACCGGUUCCGAAAAGGGUACUUACCUCGCUCUCGAUCUCGGUGGAACCAAUCUUCGCGUUUGCGAAGUCGCUUUGGACGGCAAAGGCACUUUCUCCAUCAAACAGGAAAAGUAUCGCGUUUCGGAUGCGCUCAAGCAAGGACCUGUUCGCGAUCUCUUUGAUUAUAUGGCAAGAAGCGUUGAUAACUUCUUGACCGACUUCGGUACUGCUUCCACCGAGGAUGUUCUUCAUUUGGGCUUGACAUUUAGUUUCCCGGUGGAGCAAUCGGCGAUUGAUCGCGGACACUUGAUUCAUUGGACGAAAGGUUUCAACUGCCCGGAUGCACCAGGGAAGGAUGUGGUUCAGUUGUUGCAGGAAUCGUUGGAUAGGAAGCAUAUUAAAGUCAAAUGCAGUGCUCUUGUCAACGAUACCGUAGGUGCGCUGUUGGCCCAUGCUUAUGCAUCGAAAGGUGCACUGAUCAGUGCUAUCUUUGGUACCGGUACCAAUGGCGCUUAUCUGGAAAGCAUUGAUAAGAUCAAGAAACUCAAGGCUGCGCAAGGAUCGAUCAGUCACAUGGUCGUCAACACGGAAUGGGGUGGAUUCGAUGAUCAGCGUAAAGCUCUCCCCGUGACUAUCUUUGAUAAUAAGGUGGAUAGGGAAUCGAUCAGACCAAGGAAUCAUAUCUUUGAGAAGAUGAUCUCGGGCAUGUACCUUGGCGAAGUGGCUAGAUGUGUGCUUUUGCACUUGAUCGAUCAGUUGGUGUUGUUCCAGGGGUACAGCUCGGCGUUGAUGAAUAGGCAGUAUGCUUUCGAUACGGCGUACAUGUCUGCGGUCGAAGCUGAUAAGGAGGAUGCCAGUUCGCCUAGCAGUGCGACCAGGAAAGUGCUGGUGGAAACGAUGAAGAUCAAGCCUGAGUAUGUCUCAGCGGAAGAUGUGGAGACGGUAAGGAAGGUAUGCGAGAUUGUCGGAACGAGAGCGGCUAGAUUGAGCGCUGUAGCUAUUGCGGCGACUAUGAUUCAGACUGGGAACGUGCAGAGUACGGGACCGGAAGAUGAUGGAGUGAAAGUGGGCAUGGAUGGUAGUGUGAUUGAGUAUUAUCCAAACUUCGAGGUACGCAUGCGCAGUGCACUACGCGAAUUGAUUGGCGACGAGGGCGAGAAGCGCGUCAAGAUCGGUCUUGCAAAGGAUGGAAGUGGUGUAGGAGCUGCAUUGGGCGCGCUGCAAGCGGCUAAACAGGCUGCCAGCGGUCAUCGUGUUGAGUCAGUAUCACAGACCGACCCCAACUUUGCUUGCUUUCGGUUCCCUUGCUGA